AAUUCUCAAUUCUUCUUUCUCUCUCCUCCACCUCUCUCUCCACCAAACAAACAACAGUCAAAAAUCUUUUUUUAUUUUAUUUUAUUUAAUUUAAUUUCCAUUAAAAAAAACUGAAAAAAAUGAUGCACCAAAUCUCACUAUCCCACAUCAAGGACACAAGAGUAAUUUCACAUCCUCCAAUUUUUUCCUUUAAAUCUCCUCCGCAUUUCAUCAAACACCUUGUGUGCAUCCCUCUUUCUUCUUCUACUUCUUCCUCUGCAAUUGCAACAAAAAACCCACCAUUUUCUCUCUCCUCUUUUCCCAUUUCCGCCAUGGAUCCUGUCAACAGUUGGGGAAAUUCUUCUCUUGAAGAAGUCGACCCAGAAAUCCAUGAUCUCAUUGAAAAAGAAAAGCGUCGUCAAUGUAGAGGAAUUGAACUAAUUGCAUCUGAAAAUUUCACAUCUUUUGCAGUAAUUCAAGCUUUAGGAAGUGCUUUAACCAACAAAUACUCAGAGGGUAUGCCUGGAAAUCGUUAUUAUGGAGGUAAUGAACACAUUGAUGUAAUUGAAAAUCUUUGCAGAUCAAGAGCACUUGAAUGUUACAGAUUAAACCCAGAAAAAUGGGGUGUAAAUGUUCAACCUUAUUCUGGAAGUCCAGCAAAUUUUGCUGCAUAUACAGCAGUUUUAAACCCACAUGAUAGAAUUAUGGGGUUAGAUCUUCCAUCAGGUGGACAUUUAACUCAUGGGUAUUACACUGCUGGUGGUAAAAAAAUCUCUGCAACAUCAAUUUACUUUGAAAGUUUACCUUACAAGGUGAAUUUUCAAACUGGGUAUAUUGAUUAUGAUAAGCUUGAGGAGAAAGCUUUGGACUUUAGGCCAAAAAUGAUCAUUUGUGGUGGAAGUGCUUAUCCUAGGGAUUGGGAUUAUGCACGUUUUAGAUCUAUUGCUGAUAAGUGUGGGGCUCUUUUGCUUUGUGAUAUGGCUCACAUUAGUGGACUUGUUGCUGCUGAGGAAGCUGCAAGUCCUUUUGAAUACUGUGACAUUGUCACCACCACUACUCACAAGAGUCUUAGGGGUCCAAGGGCUGGUAUGAUUUUUUACCGUAAAGGCCCAAAGCCCCCAAAGAAAGGCCAACCCGAGGAUGCUGUGUAUGACUUUGAAGACCGCAUCAACUUUGCUGUUUUCCCGUCUCUUCAGGGUGGUCCUCACAACCACCAAAUCGGUGCGUUGGCUGUGGCCUUGAAACAGGCCAUGUCUCCUGGGUUCAAGGCUUAUGCCAAGCAAGUCAGGGCAAAUGCUGUCGCUAUUGGAAACUAUCUGAUGAGCAAAGGAUACAGCAUCGUUACCGGUGGAACUGAGAACCAUCUUGUACUCUGGGAUCUUCGUCCUCUUGGAUUGACUGGAAACAAGGUGGAGAAGCUCUGUGAUCUCUGCAACAUCACUGUUAACAAGAAUGCUGUGUUCGGUGACAGCAGUGCUUUGGCUCCUGGAGGUGUACGAGUUGGUGCUCCUGCCAUGACUUCAAGAGGGUUGCUGGAGAAGGAUUUUGAGCAGAUAGGUGAGUUCCUCCACAGGGCAGUCACCAUCACUUUGAGUAUUCAGAAGGAGUAUGGUAAGCUCCUUAAGGACUUCAACAAAGGUUUGGUGAACAACAAAGACAUUGAACAACUCAAGGCUGAUGUUGAGAAAUUUUCGUCUUCAUAUGACAUGCCCGGUUUCUUGAAGUCUGAGUUGAAGUACAAGGACUAGGUUUUUUCGUGUCUAAAUAUCGGGAUCAUAGCAGCUUCUCCAUGGACGAAGCCUUAGUGUCGUUUUAUCGUCUCUGUGGAAGAAAGCUACUGCAGAUUGUUCAUUUAUUUUCUGUUGGAAUUUUAGAGGAUUUGAUCAAAGAAAAGAGGUUGUGGAAAUUAUACAUCCCAGUGGGUGUACUAGUAGUUAUUUGAACGGCUACUGUCACAUUUACUUGAAGAAUAAACAAUGUAAUGUCUCAGUUUUCACCUUGUUUUCUUCUUAAUAUAGUUUUCCAUUUUCCUUCA